UGUGGCGUCGUAGAUUUGAUGUUACAUCCGGGCCCAUUAAAAAAAAAGAAAAAAAAAAGUCUUGUGAAAGACGAGUCGAGCGUUUGCCAAGCAAACCGCUCGAUUUCGCCUCGAACAACAGAUGUUACGUAACUACGACGACGUUCACCGGUCACGUGUGCGUUUAAAGUCGCAAUUCGUCUUCCGCUUUUCGCCAAAAGACUGCAGGGCGUCCUCGGCUUACGACGUCGCUCCUUCCCAAGGGCAGCGACGUAACGUGAAUUUUACGUAAAGCGGAACGCGCCGGAGUCAAUCACGACGCAGUAGUUGAGUUGUGAUUGCAUAAAUAUGUGUAUGGGAAAAACAAACAAAAAAAAAUCUAAAUCUAGCCAUAAAUGUAUAACAGUCAAAUGAAACGUGUCGGAAAUGAGCGUUAAUCACUCGGCAGAGAAAUGUACAUUUUUAGCACUGAGCUAACCCUAACCCAGGUCGGAGCAAUUCAAAAUGGAGGCGUUAACAAGGACGGGAAGCUCCUCGCUCGAAUAAACCUCAGCAUGUACCAGAUUGUGCCGCUCGCCCCCGGGGAGCAGCACCUGUCCGAGGGCUCGGGGGGCUCCCCGCUGAAAAAACGAGGAACGCAGGAAGCCCGCCCCACGGUCAUUGCGAGCUUUCUGGGCUGCGUGUUGGUUCUGGCCGCCGUGGUGGCCUGGUGCUACUACUCGGCGUCCCUGCGCAAAGCGCAGCUCGUGAAGACGGAACUGCUGGACCUCAACAGAGACGGCUUCGUCAUCCGGAAUCAGGCCGGCGCCAUUCUCUUCACCAUGACUUUCAGGUCGGCCACGUUAGAUUUGGACUCGUGCUCCCACGAGGACAAUAUUCUCAGCUGCACUCAGUCGGAUGCUGGCAAGAUCAACUUUUUUAUCCACGCGCUUCGACUGAAGGACACGGUGACGUGUUACCGCGUGCGCUGGGAGCCCCUCCAAGAUAAACGCACGGUGGAGCACGCCAUGGCCUGUAACGGAUCUCACUGGUACGGAGGGGCGGAGUCGGCCACCCAGCGCUGGCCCAUCGGCAUCGAGGGCGAGCGCGAACCGCGGCCUUUCAUCACCAGCGACGUCUACUCGGACCGCAACGCUUUCGGGGGGAUUCUAGAACGCUACUGGCUCUCGUCCAAGGCGGUGGCCAUCAAGAUUAGUGAUUCUGUGCCGUUUCAUCUGGGCUGGUCCGAGAAGGGCGAGGUGCUUCGCUUCCAGGCGCGAUACCAGGAUUCUCCCUUCAGACCCCCCGAGGGGCAACUGGACCCGCCGGAACUCAGCUACAGAGUGUGCGUUGGCUCCGAUGUCACCUCCAUUCAUAAAUACAUGGUGCGUCGCUAUUUCCCAAAGCCCGUCAAGGUUCCUUCUGUGGAAGUGUUCAAGCACCCGGUGUGGUCCACUCGGGCUCUGUUCAAGACGUCCGUCACCCAAGAGAAGUUGCUGCAGUUUGCCUGGAACAUCACCAAGCACGGCUUCGCCUGCUCCCACCUGGAGCUGGACGACCGCUACACGGCCGACUACGGCGAAUUUGACUUCGAUCCCCAGAAGUUCCCCAAUGCCAGCGGCAUGUUCGACGCACUCGGCGAGGCCGGUUUUCAAGUGACACUUUGGACUCACCCGUUCAUCAACUAUGACUCCAUCAACUUUGGCGUUGGCGUGCAGAAUGGACUGUUUGUGCGCGAUCCCGGCGGUGAGCUGCCUGCUCUCGUCCGCUGGUGGAACGGUAUCGGCGGAAUCUUGGACUUCACCAACCCGGACGCCCGCGACUGGUAUUUGGACCAACUGAUCAAACUCAAAGCACACUACGGCGUGACCUCCUUUAGGUUUGACGCGGGGGAGGCGAGCUAUCUCCCGCGGCAGUUUAGCACCGUCAUCCCGCUGACGGACCCGUCCACCUUCACCCGACGCUACACGGAGAUGGCCAUGCCGUUCAGCGAGCGGGCCGAGCUGAGGGUGGGCUACCAGAGCCAGAACAUCUCCUGUUUCUACAGGAUCAUAGACAGGGACUCCGUCUGGGGUUACGAGCUCGGCCUCAAGUCCAUCAUCCCCGCGGUUCUGACCAUCGGCAUCCUGGGUUACCAGUUUGUCCUGCCUGAUAUGAUCGGAGGGAACGCGUACCCUGACCACGUGACGGGAGGUCCAGACAACGGGAAUGACCUGCCCGACAGAGAGCUCUACAUCAGAUGGCUGGAGCUGUCUGCAUUCAUGCCUGCUAUGCAGUUUUCCAUACCGCCAUGGUACUAUGAUCAUGAAGUGGUGGCCAUAGCGCAAAAGUUCACAAAGCUCCACGAGACGCUAGUAGCCCCCAGAGUCCUGGAGUUGGCCCACGAGGUGCUCAACACGGGAGAUCCCAUCAUCCGGCCCCUCUGGUGGAUCGCCAACGACGACGAGGUCGCUUAUAAGGUUGACUCCCAGUUCUUGAUUGGGGAUGACUUGAUGGUCGCGCCCGUGUUAGAAGCAGGCAAGCAAGAAAGGGACAUCUACUUGCCGGCGGGAAGGUGGAGAAGCUACAAGGGCCAACAUUAUGUUCAGGGCCCCAAGUACCUGACCGACUACCCUGUCGACCUGGACGAGAUCGCCUACUUUACGUGGGUCCACUGAGCUCAUUGGUGCAUUACGACCCCCCCCACGUGGGUCCACUGAGCUCAUUGGUGCAUUACGACCCCCCACCCCCCCCCACCCCCGGUUCUAGAUUGCCAUGAACACGCAUGCCAAAUACAAGUACCUGUUUUUCUAUCUAAAGGGAACGUGACUGCGCUGUCUGGACAAUGAUACUUUUUGCCAUGUGUUGAUAUGUACGGUGUGAACAGAUUUGUCAAAAGUCCUGGCAACAUUACUUCCAAGUUCCCGAUGCAGCGGUGCGGGUCGAGAUCACUUGAGACUUGACUUGCUGGCGGAAGUAAACUCGGCUCACUUCACAACGAGCAGCAGAUAGGGAAUAUUUCUUCAUCAAAGAAGUUUCAAGCCUUUGAAUGACACUCCCUCACACUUGAGGUUUACUGUCAGACUAACUAACCAGAAAAAGAUUAUAAUUUGCAUUCAAGUCGACCACAUAAUUAUGCCACACACUGAGCGACGUCGCCCAAGCCGCCUGAACGGUCGCGCGGUUGGGCAACUUUUUAUUUGUUUCCGAUCAGUCUGGUUUGGGCGUGAUUUCGAAUUUGAAUUGCAGUUGCACCAUAUAGCAACCAGCCAAUCAAAAUGCGCAUACUAUAAGCUGCUUCUUAGAAAUGGUUGUGUCACCUCCAAACCAUAUGAAUACAAUAAGAUAUGAAAUAUUAUAUUUGACUUUUUUUUUUUUUAAUGUGCUUGUGGAAGAAAAAGUCGAGCUUUUUACAAGCGUGAAAUUGACCACGCUGGGCACGUUCAAAUGAACGGGACCGAGCGCGUCUCUCUCAUCCACACCCUCAUUUUUAUUCAUGCUCAUAUUUUCUCUUUAGCAACCCACUUCUUCCUUCACUAUCUUUUAUGGUUUGAUAAAUGUAGUCACGUACAAUAUCCUGUGUGCAGCAUCAAACGCUCAUGGAGGACUUGUUUUUAUUCAAUCAUUCCGUGUGCAGGAAAGUUUGUUGUCUUAAUGCGAAGUAAUGCAAAAUAACAUAGAUGGAAUAAUGCAUACGGUGGAGCAACAUGUGAACAGAUGAUCAUAGAUCAUACUGUGCUAUUUUUCUUACUAUUGUUGUUGUUACUUGGGAGGCUGGAACAGAUUGCUGGCAUUUCCUUUCAUUUAUAUACGGAAGGAUGAUUUGGGAUACCGUGGGGCUCGGUGGCGUGACUGGUUAGUGCGUUGGCCUCACGGUUCUGAGGACCGGGGUUCAACUCACGAUCCCGCCUGUGCUUGAUUUGCAUGUUCUCCCCGUGCCCGCGUGGCUUUUUCCCCGGCUUUCCGGUUUCCUCCCGUGCAACGUUCAUUGCACAUUCUCAAUUGAUUGUGAGUGCGACUGUUGUGUGUCGCCAUGUGCCUUGCGAUUGGCUGGCAACCAGUUGAGGGCGUGCCCCACCCGCCUCCUGCCCGAUGACAGCUGGGAUGGGCUCCGGCGCUCGCGCGACCCUCGUGAGGAUAAGCGGCACCGAAGACCGUCGUGUUUUGAGGUACGAGCGUGGUGAUCCAAUGAGCUCAACUUGUAUCUUAAGGCACCGCUGCACAAAUAUUGCCAUUUCGAGAUUUAAAAAAAAAAAAAAAAAGAGAUGCGAUGCAGUUUCUCUUUUUGUAUUAGUUGGUUGGCUUGCGGUUAUCCAUCUUCCUUUGAAUCGCAGUCCCAAAGUUUUCAGUGGGGUUUAAGUCUGAGGACUGGGCCGGUUAUAAAAGUCCUUUUCAAAGCCGAAGGAAGAAAGUUUUUGUUUGUGUCUUGAUUCAUCCUUGGUCGUGACUUAUUUGCCUUAUUCCUCGCCAUCUGCCACUAAAUUUCACAAUAAGUGUGAAAUGCUGACUUGGAAUGGAAUUUUACAGCUACUGGAACGGAACGGAAUGGUUGUUCUAUGUCUUUCGUGUGAUUUAAAUGAAUGAUUCUGAACCUUGACUGAGCCAAAGCACAAAUUUUGGCACACCACCCCCAAAAAAGUUUUCUAGAUAAACGAAGAAAGAGAGAUUAUUUGUUGUCAAUAAAUAACAUUUUAAGCAAAGGAGAGCUCUCACGCCACACUGAUUUCGAUGCUAACCUGGCCCGCCCCUGCUGGCGGAUCCCGGCCAAAGACCUGCCAGCCUAAUUUUCUCCACCCACUUGUGAGCAAUCUCCAGUUGCGUCCUUCCCGCAGUCGCCGUCUCCUUACGGAUGCAAGUUAAGCUAACCGACCUGUGUCUUGAUCAUCAGUGUGAGCCACUGAACAAGUAAUAAGUACACCACUUGACCUAAGCUACUGUUUGACCGCAUCAUUCCUGGGAGGGAAAUUGUUUUGAAGAUUGAUUUGAGGGAAAUAUUUUUAUGAAGUUUUGAAAUGAUGGAUCAACGGUUGAUUUGCAUCCGUUUUUCUUUUCAGAAUGUUCCAUUCCCUACAUGUGAUCUUAUUUAUGGAUCCGUUAUGAACGUACAGCGUAUGCACUAGACCAAGGAUUCUGAAAGAUUUUGGGUUCAGGGAGAUUUUUCCAAGGAUAUCCAAAUAACCUGGACACUAAAUGCCCUGCAUGCCAUAUGAAAUUACAAAAAAAAAAAAAAAAAAAAAAGACACAAUGUUGCAAGAACAAAUUCAUCGUUUUCAGAUGACUUGUAAACUUUACAGAAAAAAAGGUGGGAUGAAAAAUCUCACUACUACGGGGGGAAAGUUGUAUUUUUCUGUGAUAUGUCCUAAUUCAGUGUUCCGUUGCUCCAUUGCGGAUUCCGUGCACUGCAGGUAUUUUGUUCACGUUCAUAGUGUAUAAUUCACUAUAUUGCAGAAAAUGAAAAACUCAAAACGCAUUACAAGAAAUAACGUGUACGGUUUUACUCUGCCUUACUGUAUGUUUAAGAGUUUCCAAGGUUGACGAAAGUGUCUAUAAUAACAGUUUGGUAGAGUUUAGUAGGAUUGUGCGCAGAAAAAGUUGACCUCAUUUGGACAUGUACAUCAUUUGCGCGGUUUACCACAUUUUAAUCAUGUGCGACCCAAACUUAAGUACUUUUCAUUUUACUGCCUGGAAGAUUAAUAUGAGUGUGGGGAGGUUCAUACGGGAUUAAAAUAUGUGUAUGUAUCGGGAAAAAAACGUGGUCGCUACUUGGCAGAUUUAGCCGAUUGUGGGGGUGGUCUGAAACAGAACCUUUGUGAUGACUGUAUUAUGAUAUUAGACAAACGGGGUGAAAAAGAGUCAUAUUUGUAGGAAAAAUACUUUUUUCUUUGGUAAAAACAGUAUUUAAGAUUGAUGUGGUGACAUUUUUUAAUUGGCCCAAUGCUAUGUUGAGGAGGAAGAAUUGGUUCAGUAGGUUAAGGGUUAGUACUAGUAAGUUUUUGUUUGGCAGUACUCGCUGAUCGCUAUCCUCUGCGAGUAAUAACUAAUAUUAUUGCAGCUGGGAUGCAACAGUCUUCUGUUUCACCAUCAACAGACAUUCUGUUUUAUCGCCCCCCCCCCCUUGGCCAAGGCACACACCCCAGACUGAGCGGCACGAUGCCCAUCGAAUUUAUUAGCGACGCACAAACUAUUUACAGUCUCUAUAUUUGUCAUCACUGUAUGUUUUUGUGAUAUACAAUACUGCAAAAAAAUGACGUCGGUGUUUGAGCAGAUAAUUACAUUUCCGUUUAUUUAAGUCGGGACGCAGUUCACCUGACGGUUGGACUCCAUUGCAGUUCUCAAUACGAGCAGCCGGCGUGAGCACGUUUGGCUUACAGUCACCGAGUCGCGGGCUCAAAUCCCGAAUUCCUACGUGGAGGUGGGAUGGUCUCCCCGGGAACUUCACGAUUCCUCCCCAUAAGCCGCCAUUUAAGGCUUCAUUACAAAUAGGAAUAAGCCCCCGACCCCCCACCCCCCACCCUCCCUCCAGAGGUGUGCAAUGGCGUCUUCCUGGUGGGUUCUUUCCCAGCUCCAAUUUUAUUUCAAGCAAAUAAGCAAAAAUUCUGGGUCGAUGGCUCUGGAUGCCCCCCCCCCCCCCCCCAAUUAGUCUUGGAACAAGAACGUCAACAAAGUGGUUAAAAAAAAACAAACAAACGCAACACCCCCUGAUUUUAAAUGAACAAUACUUGAAACGUGUUUCUCUGACAGAAGUGUUUGCAAGAUUUGAAGUUGAUGUGAAAAUGUAAACGUGCCAAAAGUUUCAAAUGGUCUUGUUUCACCUCUGCCUGUAAGCAUUUAGUGCCUGCAGGGGGAAAUAAAUGUUUGUUGGAAAAGGGAAUGAGGAGGCUCGAAAAUUCAUUUUCCGAUGUGCUUGGUCUUCUUUUUGCUUUGUUUUUGUAAUCAUCUAUUCUCCCCUUUGCGCUCUGUAAAUACUUGUACUGCGUAUAGGAAUAAACAAUGUAUUGCUCAAUUGUA